GUUUCGACGAAACAGCGACGCUUGAGCCAUAAAAACCUUGGAAAUUUCGAGCCGUGAGAUCCGUCGUUCCCGCAGUGGCUCGAAGUGCUGCCAACGGUUUCAGCUUGCAUCGAUGAUCAGCUGAUUCCUUGGCUGAGUUCUCAGAGUUCUCGGGAGCACAAUCGCGCCCUUCAGUGGCUAUGAAGGGCCAUGAAGACUUGGUUCGCGCCGUGGAAAGCGACGAGUUCUCGAUCCUUCCAAAAAAGCCCAAAAAAGUCAUGGCCAUCGGAGACGUUCCUUUGCCGCCCGGCAGACCAUCUCGAAAAGGAUUCUCAAAACGCCGGCUCAGAGUGGAAAAAGAGAAAUACCACAGUGGCUCCUCUCAGAGCACCUCUGUGGGUGAUGAAUCUGGAACGUCUGGAACUUCGGUCUCUGACCUUGACGAAAAAGUCGAUGCACUGACGACUGACGAAGUGCUGGAGGCUGCAGAUGCACAUGGAACCGCAGAUGCGCCGUCACCAGAAGUGCGAGAAGCGACAGAGGGGAGCGGAGCUUCAGAGCUGCGGCUGAGGAGUAGUGGAGCCGGAUCUGUUUCAAGACAAACAUCUCGUAGAUCUCGUGGAUCUCAAAGCGUGAACGCCGCAGAGCAGAUGGGACGACGGAGGGGGCGACACAGAACUUGGAAAUUGGACACGUGGCACUCGGAAGCGGAAACCAGGGCACAAGCCCCGGUGAGUUCUCGGAAGUUCUCCUUCACGGACUUAUCCUUGAUUGAAGUGUGGAACACUAUCCGGGAGGAGACUUCGAUGGAUUGGAUGCACGAGUUUUGGGAGGUGGUGCUUACAUCGCCAUAUCCGGCAGCAUGCAAGACACUGGCCAUGCGGUCUCUGGGAAAUUGGGUCAGCAUCUACAACAAUUGGCAAGCCUUGGGGAAAUGGCGACCUGGUCAUGCGCCGCAGUUCUUCAAUGCAUAUGACACCCAACAGAUCUUUGAGCUUCCAUGGACGCGGGUCAUGGAACUCGUUGAGCUCUUUGACAAGGCGCAUGCCGGAGAUCCCGAGGACAAUGUGGCAGCACGAUUGCCAGUGGAUGCGUUGCUGUCUGCGUGCGUUCUGCUGUCGAAGGUCAUUUCCAAGAAACAAAAGAUCCGCUUCCUGCUGGGCAUUUUCGAUGGAAACGACCAGCGUCUCUUCGACAAGGGGAAGUUGAUGCGGAUGAUGAAGGCUGUCUAUCAUGGCAUAGCUGCGAUGUUUGGGAUCCAGGACACGAAUGUGGAGCGCAUCGAGACCUUUGCAUGCCAUCUAUUCCAACGUAUUCUGCAUGUCUAUGAAGAUCAAAAAGGAGAGGUGCUGGGCGAUGCCACAUCUCUACCAUCUUCCUUGAUCGAAGAAUGGCUCCUUGGCCAUAGCGAUGACCCGCUGAAUCUGCCCUUCGUGCUCUUCAUUGAACGCUUUUCGGUGCCUGGUCAGGAGGACGACCCCGAACUGUUCGAGGAGGAAGCGCGGAAGUUUCGUCUUUCGCACAGAAGUCCUGUCGCGCUGCCCUUGGAGACGGCACUGUCCCUGGAUUCGCGAGGCUUCUUGCGACGACACGAGGUGAUCGCAAUAGACAGAAUCUUUUCGUAUUGCAUUUCCAUUGGCUCUUUCGAUAUCUCCCGUGCAGAUGCUGAGAAAGCUUUGAAUGGCAUUCAAAUGGAUUUGGUUGAUCUAUGGAUGGAGCGGCUUUGCCCAGCCUUGGACCUUGUGGAGGAGUCACGCACGAAGAUCAGCCUCUCAGGUUUCCUGAAGCAGUUAUGUCCCAAGGCCACGGGACGACACCUCCGGAUGUUCCACAGCUGGAUUAAGGAGUACGAGCAAUUGGAGAGCCUCAAACUGGAGGUUCAGGCAACUCAUGAAGUGUUACGUCGUUUCGGACGCCCCGCGUCCUUCUCUCAGUCGCAGGACGUCAAGGACAUCAUUCUGGAAGUCUUGGAGCGUCACCUGCUGCAACAGGAGGAGAAAAUCCAGCACAUGGAGCGGCUGUUCUCCCCUCGAUUGCUUGGAGCCACUGUGCCCAGUGAGCGUUUACUGAAGUGCCACGUGUCCAAACAACAGUGGCAGACAUGGAAUCGAACUUUGGAUCUUCUGGAAGUAGAAGACCAGGAGAAGUUUCAGACUUCUGGCCUUCUUCCCUUAGAGGUGCACGAGCUGCUUCUUCGUGCAGUGGUCAAAGACUCGUAUAGCCUCAACAGGGCCCGGUUCCUCAAAUUCUUCUGUGAAGUCUUCAACGUUCGGCCUUUGAAGUGAUCAUUGAAAUAAUCUCCUGAAAGCCACGAGCCAAAAUUUUCCAACGUGACUUCGAGCAACUGGCUGGGAGUUUACACCGAUGAUUUUCUUG